ACGAUGCAGACAUCGGAGACUGGGUCGGACACAGGGUCAACUGUGACUUUACAGACAUCUGUAGCUGGCCAGGCAGCAGUGCCAACUGAGGUAGUACAGCAGGUAUCAGUUCAGCAACAGGUACAGCAAGUACAGACUGUACAACAGGUACAGCAUGUCUAUCCAGCCCAGGUUCAGUAUGUGGAGGGAAGUGACACAGUCUAUACAAAUGGAGCUAUACGAUCAACAACUUAUCCUUACACAGAAACCCAGAUGUACAGCCAAAACACUGGGGGAAAUUACUUUGAUGCUCAAGGAAGUUCUGCCCAGGUGACGACAGUGGUCUCCUCUCAUAGUAUGGUGGGCACUGGAGGGAUUCAGAUGGGUGUCACAGGAGGACAGCUCAUCAGCAGCUCAGGAGGGACCUAUCUGAUUGGCAAUUCAAUGGAAAAUUCUGGUCAUUCAGUGACUCAUACAACGCGGGCCUCCCCAGCUACAAUUGAAAUGGCGAUUGAGACACUGCAAAAGUCUGAUGGUCUUUCCACUCACAGAAGCUCUCUUCUCAACAGCCAUCUCCAAUGGCUUUUAGACAACUAUGAAACCGCAGAAGGAGUGAGCCUUCCCAGAAGUACCCUUUACAACCAUUACUUACGACAUUGUCAGGAGCACAAGUUGGAUCCAGUUAAUGCUGCCUCCUUUGGAAAACUCAUACGGUCAAUUUUCAUGGGAUUACGGACCAGAAGACUGGGAACCAGGGGGAACUCCAAAUAUCAUUAUUACGGAAUUCGUGUCAAGCCAGAUUCACCCCUUAAUCGGCUACAAGAGGACAUGCAAUAUAUGGCUAUGAGACAACAACCCAUGCAGCAGAAACAGAGGUACAAGCCUAUGCAGAAAGUGGAUGGCGUUGCAGAUGGUUUCACAGGAAGUGGUCAACAGACAGGCACAUCUGCUGAACAAACUGUAAUUGCCCAAAGUCAGCAUCAUCAGCAGUUUUUAGAUGCAUCUCGAGUGCUUCCAGAGUUUGGAGAAGUUGAAAUCUCUUCUCUGCCAGAUGGUACUACCUUUGAGGAUAUAAAAUCACUGCAAAGUCUUUAUCGAGAGCACUGUGAGGCAAUAUUGGAUGUUAUUGUGAACCUUCAGUUUAGCCUGAUAGAAAAAUUGUGGCAAACUUUUUGGCGCUAUUCUCCCUCUGCUCCAGCUGAUGGCACUACUGUUACUGAAGUGAGCAAUCUAAGUGAAAUAGAAAGUCGACUUCCAAAAGGAAAGCUGAUUACUCUGUGCAAAAAUGAGUCUAUUCUGAAAUGGAUGUGUAAUUGUGACCAUGUGAUGUACCAGGCUUUGGUGGAGAUUCUCAUUCCUGAUGUCCUUAGACCUAUUCCUAGUGCCUUGACCCAAGCCAUUCGCAAUUUUGCAAAAAGCCUUGAAGGUUGGCUUUCCAGUGCCAUGAACAAUAUUCCACAGAGAAUGAUACAAACCAAGGUUGCCACUGUAAGUGCCUUUGCCCAGACUCUGCGAAGAUACACAUCUCUUAAUCACCUGGCUCAGGCAGCUCGUGCUGUGCUUCAGAACACUUCUCAAAUCAACCAGAUGCUCAAUGAUCUCAACCGUGUUGAUUUUGCCAAUGUCCAGGAGCAGGCUUCCUGGGUAUGCCAGUGUGAUGACAAUAUGGUUCAAAGACUAGAAACAGAUUUCAAGAUGACUCUUCAGCAGCAGAGCACUCUGGAGCAGUGGGCUGCCUGGCUCGAUAAUGUAAUGAUGCAAGCAUUGAAACCAUAUGAAGGAAGACCCAGCUUUCCUAAAGCAGCACGGCAAUUUCUCUUAAAAUGGUCUUUCUACAGCUCAAUGGUGAUUCGAGAUUUAACCUUACGCAGUGCUGCUAGCUUUGGCUCUUUUCAUCUGAUCCGCUUGCUUUAUGAUGAAUACAUGUUUUACUUAGUAGAACAUCGUGUUGCUCAGGCAACAGGAGAGACACCUAUCGCAGUUAUGGGAGAGUUUGGUGAUUUAAAUGCUGCAUCCCCUGGAAAUAUGGAUAAAGAUGAAGGCAGUGAAGUUGAAAGCGAAAUAGAAGAAGAGCUGGAUGAAAUUGGAGAACCACAAGCCAAGAGGGAGAAAGCAGAGCUAAACCAGGCAUUUCAGGUGGACUGCAUGCAGCCAGUACUUGAGAGUGGAGUACAGCAGAACCUCCUGAACCCACUUCAUAAUGAGCACAUUGUCACAAGUACUCAGACUAUCAGACAAUGCAGUGCUACUGGAAAUACGUAUACUGCAGUCUAAUAUUGAAAGCUCACCCCCAACUACAUUAGCCCUGUUGAUGUUGGGCUUAAUGUGGGAGAAAAAGAGAAUAGAUCUGAAGGUUGACUUAUCAAAUUUUAGCUGUGCUGAACAUUACCUUUUAUUGGAGUUGUGAAAUGGAAUGGGUGUAUCUAUUUUGCCAGAUGUUUAAAAAAAAUUUUGUAAGCAAAGUCAUUUUGCGUUAGCCAGUCAAUAUUAAGAGAAUUCCUAGUUUCAAGUGUCAAGGAAGAUUUUUGCCAAGCUUUUAAUGUUAAUGUUUUUGUCCUCUUAUAAUUAAAGUAACUUAAAUUUUUUCAUAGUUUUAAAAAAUAUUUUAAUGUAUAUGAAAUCAUCAUCAUGAUGAAUAAUUAACAUAGGUUUUUAAUUAGAUGCAUUUCUGUGAAAUAUCAAAAUAAAUAUUUUCUUUGAUUUAUGCUGGAGGCAUACUCAUUUGACAGCAGAUGCAUCAAAUUUGUUAUAAAAGGUGCUUUUCAUUGAACAGAACUAGAAGACACUAUUUUGAUAAAAUUGUGAGCAUUCAGGGGGUAUUUUUAUCAUAAUGCUGGAGGGUUGGAAAGAUCUACUGUUUUCUUUCUGUAAGGAAGAAGUAUUUUCGCUGCAUUUACAAAUGCAGAAUGAAUGAUAAAAUUGUAACAAUGUGCUAAUGUGUACACAGUAAGCAUACCUAAUUAUUUGAUCACCAUGUAAACAAUUCGAGCUUCCUUUAAAAUCAACAGUUCCAGAUUUUAUUUGCAUCCCGGUUCCUCUGGUUUUGAAGACUACUGAUUCUCUGUUUGGGACCACUGCACAGAUGUUUUUGGCUGUUGAGUGGUACUGUAGCUGUUAAAACUGAACCUGAAAAGAAGUGGUUUGAUGUGUGGGUUUUUUUGUUUUUUUGUUUUUUUUAAUGUACAUGCUACUUAUGCUGAACUGGACAUACAGGAAAACAUUCCAUUUGGAUGACUUUCCUUUGGAUUCCAGGUCUUUUCCUACUAGUAGCUCAAUCUGCUGCUCUUAUAAUUUAUAGAAUGCAAGGAAUGUAGCAACCUGCAUCAUUUUCUUUCCAAAUUAUUUCCUGACUCUUGUGGAUUUAAAUUUUUACAAAAAUUAAAUAAGGUAGUGUAACUGGCACACCUCACCUGUAUUUAUUCCCAAUUGCAUAGAAUUUGAAUAGGUGGCUAGAUGGACCAUUGCCAUUUAAGAAUGUACAUCAGGGAUCAUUGUACCUCGGCUAUUACAUGGUGCCUUAAACAGAACCGAAGCUAGGAUUUAGUAUUUUUUGUUAUUCUUAACUCUUAAAUUAAUUCAACAAGGUGUGCCUGUCAAUUUCAAAUUCCCUAAGUACUAAGGGCAGGUUACAUAGUCUUCGAAGAAAUAAAAGGGAAUUUAUUAUCAAAAUGAUUUUAAUAUCCCUCUUAAAAUUGAUAAUAAUAAACCUAUUUUUUCUUGUUUCUAGCUGAAUUUCACUUUAUUAGAAAUAAAAUUUGCUUGGGAACUUGGAAAGCAAAAAUAGCUUUAAUAUCAACUUCAAAUGUUGUUAACAAAGUAGAUUGACCUUAAUCCUAAGCAUAGUUAUAUAUAUAUAUUUUAAACCCUUGUCUAUUUUAAUUUUAAAAAGUCAAAAUAAAUAAAUGAGCAGGUACAUAAUGCAGCGCAUGUUCUUAAUUUGUAUAUGUGAUGGGGUGUCAGCCUGAUGUUAUGUUUUAAUGAUUAAAUCUUAUAGUGAUAGUUUAUAUAGCUCAUAUUAAUUGACAUUAAGCAUCUCUGAUUUUUUCUGAUUAUGUUAAGCAUUUUCAUUGUUUUUAAGCAGACACAUGAAUUUGCUAAGCUAAAAUAGUGGAAAUAAAUAAGUAAAUGAGCAAAAAAGUGAAGGAGAGAACAAAAAAAUUCAAUUUUAUAGAAAGGACUGUAUAAAAUGAUUAGGGAGCCUUUAAUUUUAUCCAGUGUGUCUGUGGAUUUUUAUUUUAUUUUUUUUAUAAAAUUGUAUAUGCCAAAUGGGUGAACAGCAUGUGAAAUGAACAGUGUGUUUUUAGCAAACAAGUUUGCUAGAGCUUUCAUAUGCUUCAAGAAUAGAUACAGAUUAACUAAGAUGUCCUAACGUUUUUUGGUGCAAAAAUUAAUUUUAAAUUGCUUAGCAGAAUUUGGAGGCCAACCCAUCCUGCUCCAUUCUAUGUAGGCAUAAUUCCUACUGAUGUCAGCAGAUGUUUUUUAUCUCAGCAAAGAAUGUAAAUGAGGUUUAUGUUCAUUUAUGUCUAAAUUCACCUGUGCACUGAAUCUCGUUAUAGAUUUUGUUCCCCCAAAUAUCACUAAGUUCUGAUUUUUUUCCUUAGAAAUCAGCGCCCUUCAUCAGAAGUCCUAAAAACUAACUUGUGAUAAAUAUUUAUUCCCCUUCAUUGUGUAUUAUAAGUAAAAUAAAAAGAAAUAUUCAACUCUUUCAUUUUUAACAUAGAGUUUUUAUGCUAUAGUACUGAUAUUCUGUAUUACCUGGUUUCACCUUUUGUAUUAACAAACCUUAACUGGUUUUAUCAUCAUUAUUCUUUACUGCUAUAAUGUUGGAAUUGUUGCUGAGAGAGAAGUAUGGUUGUCACAUGUAAAUCUAGAUUGCUAAGAGGAGGUGGGACCUGAAUAUCUCUUGAUUCAGCUCCCUAGUCCCACCCAGUUAUUCACUGUUCAUGUAGUGCAAAAAGAAAACAAAAAACAUUAAUACAAAGGUGGAAUGUAUUUCAUGGAUUCUAAUAGCAGUUAUCAAAACAAAUUGGAACUAUCCCAGCUUCAGAUAACUGAAUUGAGUUUGUAUUUCUGUGCUUAUCAAUUGAUUAUUCUCUCAAACUUUUAAACAAUAUUUUCCCCACUUUUUUACCAAAUUUUUAAAAUAAUUAAGUUGCUAUAAGCUGCUGUGUAUACUUACAAGUUUGAGAAUUUUGUGUUUUACAUUUACUGAAAUUUUAAUCAAACAUAUACAUAUGAAACAAUUUGCACACUCUUGCUAAUUGUUAAUAGAUGGAUAUCAUUAAUGAUUUAAAAACAGAGAUAUGAAUACCUCAGUCCAAAUUAUGUAGUGUGUAGCAUGUGGCUGGAUUGCCACAUCAACUCUGAAGCCUACUUAACUCUUUUAGUGCUCUAAAGAGCUGUAGCAAGUAUCCACAGGCUAGACGUUAUAAGAUAAGAGCUCAUAUGAUUUGUGAAUUUUACCUGAUCUUGACAUGGAAUUCAAAUUAAUUAUUUUAGAGACAUUUCCUCCAUUAGCACAAAUAACUCAGUGAACAGUGUGGGGGAAUGGGUAUUGUUGAACUACUUUUUCAAAACAUGGGGCCCAAUUUUCACAAGUUUUAUAUUUAUGAAAAAAUGAUGGUACAUUUUCAUAUUUCUCAUUGUAAAACAGUUUUAAGGGUUUUUUCCUCUUUUCAGUUACCUAGUUCUGUGUUUUACUGUUGUAUUGUAGCAUGCUUUGUGCACCUUUUUUUUUUUAAUGUUCCAUUGAAAAAUUUGGAUAGUAUUAUUUAAAUUGUUUACUUACAAAAUGAUGAUGUACAGCAUUACUGCCUUUAGUUCACAAAUGUGUAAAAUAAUGUGCUGGUGUACUGUCAUUCAGGAAUGUAUAGGUCUAUAAAAUAAUUUAAUUUAAAAUGAAGGAUUUUUAAAUGUCUGAAACACUGCUUUUGUUCAAAUUAUUUUCCAUAAGAGACCUGAUCUGAUGAUAUCUUUGUGGUUCUCACCAAAUGACAUCAGCAUUGUUUAGAAAAACAUUUAUAUUACUUAGAGCUACAUUGCAAUCUAAUUUAAUUUAUAGAGUGGUUUUACAAAAUAAAAUAACCUUUUAUACCCAUGAAAAAAGGUAAAAAAAAUAUUUUUUUAAAUAAUAUAAGUAUUUUUGGUACUUCAUAUGACAGUGAAUUCAGAGUUUAAAACAUUAAUUUGAGAGAUCAGUACAAAUUUCUGAAAAUUGGGUCUCUAGAGCAGGAAAACUUACAUGUAUAUGGUUUAAAAACAAGUCAAUGAAUGGAAUUCUAGUAUCUUUUUGAAUUCAGUGAUUAAAAAGAAAAUAAAAAAACUGGAAUAGAAGCAUAAAUACACAGUGCUUAGUUGUAGUAUUAGAAAAUUAAUUUAAUGUAAUGCCUUGCAUUAACCCUUUGAGCAUUGUAAGGAUGAGAAGAAAGCUUUUUAGAUAAUUUAAGUGGUCCACUGAAAAUAUUCUAUACAUCUAAGUAGCUGAUUGUGUUGUAGAAAAUGGUUUUAAUUUUAAUACUUGCAUACUAGACAGAAAUGUCUUUGUUAUAGAAACCUCAAGAGACUUAGGCUAAAUUAUUCACUGCCAUCAAUGUGUGCUCUCUAGUGCAAAACAGUACUUCUGCUCUUUUGUUUUCAUAAUUGCAUAAAUAUCUAGAGAAAAUCAAAUAUGUGGCUCUACAGACAUAAGUUGUCUACUUUAAGAUGCCUUUACGAGAUGAAGGUUUAGAAAAAAAUUAUUUCUACUGUAUUGAAACUCUCUUUAGGGUAGUAUUGGAAUACUCUAAUACUGUAAAUUAAAAUCUUUAGAAAUAAAAACAUCUUAGUUAACAAGAGAAUGAAUUUUACAAAAUACUUGGUAUGUUUAUAAUCAAACUUUCUGCAUAGUCUUUUUGAUAAACAGAUAUAAAAAGUACAGUUGUAUUCAUAUUACUUUUAACAUUCAGUCACUACAAUAAGGACUAAUAAAGAGAUAAAGGUACUAUUCAGCUUCCUCUAUAGGGAUGCAGUUUGGACAGCUCUUAUUGAAUGUCAGAAUUUAAAAAACAGCCUAGAAAUUGCACCUGCCUUCUGCUGUGUUGAAAAAAAUUCCUUUGUUCUUGCAAAUAAUACCCCACGGAACAAGUUCAGAAGUGAGUGGAGUUAUUGAAAUUAUAGAUAGAAAUGCCACCUUACUGAGAUUUUCUACUGGUUCCUUGCAGUACCAAUCAGCAACACUAGGUGCAGCUGUACUUAUUCAAAUCUAGAUGAGUGCACAAAAAAAGUCUCAUUAAAUUAUUCAGUGGAAUUAAAUCAGUGGUAUAGUGCAAAUAAACUGUAAACAUUUUUAGUCAGUUAAUGCAAAUUCAUACGUAAUUAAAAUGCAAUACUCAAAGGGUUUUAAUUUAACAAUGUUUUAUUCAUAAUUUAUUGUAAAAUGCUUCUCAGUUUGCAUGCCUUGAUCACUGCUGCUAGUGAUUUUAUGUGCCAGUAGACCUGAGUUUAAUUUACCAAUUUUACUUAAGAAAUAGUUAAAGCCACUUACAAAGUGACUGCCUAGUUUUUGUUUGAGGAAAAUAUGCCUUAGUUUGAUCAUUUAAACACACUUGUUUUAUUCUGUUUUUUUUUCUUAAAAAAAUCAAAAACAAAAAAACCCCAACAAUUAAAAUGUUGAGAUUGGAAGCUCUGAGUAAUUAAAUAUUUAGUAAGAAUUCUUCCUGUAAUUUGAUUGUUAAAGGUGAAAUUCAUUGUAGAGAAGAAGGCCUAGAACAAGACUAUCAGCAUCAAAAUGACCCUCACUUAAAUCUGAAUCAGGGAAAUGCUCUCAUGUUCAUAAGCUCUUCCUUGAUUCAGGUGCAAACAUCUUGCAAUGAUUUUCAGCACUGGGUGAAUUUUACUCCAAAAUAGUAAGUGUCUUGAAAGAAUUAAGACUGUGGAGGGACAACCUCACCUUGAUUGGUGUUUAUCAGGGACCCAAUCCAAUAUCUUUUGACUCACUGAUGUCAACAAGAGUUUUGUUUUGUGUUUUCUUACACAAAAUACUAAAGGGUUCCCAAAUACAAUGUUAAAGUAAUUGCCUUGUAUUUAAACAUUAAAUAUCAUAUUAAAGUAACCCAAUAAAGCAAUUUAAAAUGUCAGAAAAAUAUCAUUUUGUACCAAAGCAAGUUGCUCAUCUUCACUGGAAAUUUGGGUUUACAGUAAUAACCAACGAGGCCAUUAAAGAAACUUUGAGUGCCUUUCAAACACUUGGGAAAUUGUGCCUGAGGUGGUAAACUGUAAUUAGGUUAAUUCUAGAGCUUACCAAUCAAUCAUUCUAUCAUCACUCAGGGCUUUCUUACCUUCUUGGAAACUUACUUUAUUCCAUUUAUUUUAUACUAUAUUUCUUUAAAGUGCCAUCAUUUAAAUUUCACUUAGUAAGUGGCAGAUUACAUUAUUCAGUCCCACAAGCACAGAAAUGUAAUAGCAGUAGGAGAAAUUUGAACUUUUAUUUUCCAAUUGACUGCAUACAUUAUGUAAAUGAGGUAAGCAACUUUUUUGUAGACUGUACAUGUGAGAUAAUGUAAUGUUCUUUUCCAGUUUUUGAAUUAGUUGAACAUACUUUUUAAUUAUUUAAGGAAAACAUCAUCGCAGAAUAACGUGAUAGGAUUUUUUGUAUAAUGUAUUUGAUUUUGUAAAUAUGUAUUUCCUGAUGUGAUUUUUUUUUUUGUGAGAAAUGAUAAAUCUUUUAGUAUCUCAUGUCCUCUCAAAAUUGGAAGGAGCUAAAUAAUAGUUUGUGGGCAAUUUGUAUUGUGUACUGUACAAUAACUAGGGAACUUUUAUAAUUAUAAAAAUAUAUAUAUUAACUUUUAGUGUGUUGUUUAAAAAUAAUGAGCGGAACAUACUAAAGACAGUAGGAUUUUUCUGAAUAUUUCAGACUUGAACUCAGGCUAGCUUUCUUGUGUUUUUUCAAAACAAAAUUGUGUCUUGUCUUCUGAAAUAAAUUUGUUUUCUUGUUACAAACA